UAAUAAGUGUUGGAAAAUUGUAUAUAUAUGUUAUCAUGCGUUCUCUUUUAGUUUCUAUAUUACUAUAUUACAGUAAAUGAUGUCUCGUUAGAUCUACCGUUAGAUUAGAUCUGCGUACGUGCGUACGUUGUUCUGCUUUGCUGUUCUUAUGUCCACCACAGAAUACCACAUCAGCCAAGGUGUGAGGUCUUGUCUCGGUCAGCGAGAGACAGCAGCAACGACAUUGUGUCAGCCUUCCUCAAGUGGCUGACUCGGCACCUCACACCCUCAAGAAAUGGAGCGCUGGGAGCGCCCCUGGUCCUUGCUGAUAAGACUGCUUGAACCCAUUGAACUUGAUGAACUCUGUUUGCUUCUUCCUAUGUCGCCACAUUAGCAUAACGUUUGCAGUAAUCUACACACACCAGAAGUUUCCUGCGCUUACCAAAAGCAGAAACCGUUUGCGCUUCCCCCUACCCUUAUUUGGUUUCUGCUACACAUGUGAUGAGGAAAAUUCCCCAAAUAAAGAGAGCAAGGAUGCAGACAGACUUUAGUGUAGGUUGGGCAUUGUAAGCUGUCUGUACUGCACUCCUUGCGCAAGCUACGACUCAAUAUUCUGCCUCACUUGUGGUCUGUCCGUUGGUGCGUUUCUCUUAACAUUUAUUCACUCUGUCUGUAAAAACCUAACAGAAAUUGGGGGCUCGUCCGGGAUUUCUAUACGUCCUUGCGGCUCCGGCGGGACUCCUCGACGCAGGAAAAAUCCUUGGCCAAGGUAAACAAAAGCCCUUUGACGGGACUGCCUCGAGCGGUUCGGCUGGACGCUGGGGGGACUGCCGAAAUCACCCGAGGAAAAGGACCAGCGGACUGAGGACCCCAAAGUGGUUCCGGGAGACUGGGUCUUGAUCAGGAGCAUCAAGAAGAAGAAUUGGCACUCGCCCAAGUGGGAAGGUCCCUUUUUAGUGCUUCUCACAACACCUAACGCUUUAAAAAUAGCCGAACGUAACACGUGGAUUCAUUUGUCACACUGUAAAAAGGUGAUCUCCGCAGACCCAACCUAAGUACGGAAGGUGUGCAAGUCUGGUAAUAGUGCCUGAUUCUGGUGCCAAGAUCCAGGGUUGACACGAAAGCCAGCAGAAGCAUUCCAAGCCACCAACCCGAAGCUCAGGGAGUUGACUCUGAGGAGAUCUAAAACUAGGUGUUAAAAUGCCGUUGGAACAAUGUCUUGCGAAGGUGCGGGAUGGUUGCAAACCUUGGGAAGCAUUCAUUUGGAUUUUUGUCAUUUUUGGUUUCACUGUAGUUGGGACAGUGUGCUAUAUGCGCAUCGGCCCUGUUUUUAUAAAACACACGACUCCAGACAGUUCACCUGGAGUUUCCACUGUUCCUGAUUUACCUGUAGUUUCCGCUGUUUCUGAUUCACCUGAUGUUUUUACUAUUUCUGAUUAUGAGUUUUACAAACUUUGUUCGACGGAUAACGAUCCUAGGCUCAGACGCGGUAGUUCCGUUGAUUCCCGAUAUUGUCCAUGGGAUGAUGUUGCCUCGCGUAGACAUAGGCGUGAGGUCUCGUCCAUUAGGCGUGAAGUCUCGUCCACCUUUAAACACUGCACGCCUGCUCUCGUUCACGACGGUAUUUCCUGCGUGCCAUGGCGCAUAGCCAACGCGUACCUACAUUCAUUGGCGUUCACCGUGGCCCCAAACACGGCUUCCACUAUCACCGUGCCCUUGAAGAGUUUGAAAGGUACCCGACAAGGCUGGCUCACUACGGGUGACAAAUGGCCUGGGUAUUGGUGGUAUUUGACUGUCAAUCCAGACAUUUCGGACUGGAGCGCCUUCAUCACCUCGCAGGUACCAGGUUACUGGCCUCCUGGCUCCAGUGAAGAAGCUGUGUUUUUUGCUAAACGUAUCACUUUGAAGAACCAAGGCUCAAGCCUUCUUUUGACCGUUACACUCCCUGAUGACACGGUUCGGCCCCCUCACGCUACCCUGCUCAAUACUUCCUGUUGGGGUUUUCAGUUGUGGGCUUGGUCCUCUGGGAAGGAUCCUCAGUUUCCUAUUGUCCUUUGCGUUAACAAAACUAUGCGGGGCGCUGACAGUCCCGUGUUGAGCGACUUUUCCAAAACAUCUGGGGCAGUGAUUACGAGCGUGGCCCUCACCGAUGUAGACAGUCACUUUGUGGCCUCCACAGGUAUGAGUGGCCAGACUAACAAUUGGCUCCUCAUGGCCGAGCAAGCUGCUAAUGUGACUAACACCAGUUGCGUUGUGUGUAUGGGCCCACGGCCCCUCUUGAGAAUCAUUCCCGCGAGUGUGGCUCCUGAGUGUGCGAUUUUUGUGAUGUCUACCCCUUCCAUUCCGUCUGCUCAUCCUUGCUCCAGUUGGGACAAGGUCUAUCCCGUUUCCUCCUUGGCAAAGUCCAAACCCCUUUUUUCCACUGAUGUUGCUAAAGGUAAUUUCACGUGCAUCAAGUUGCCCGGUACCGGCGCAAGCCUAGGCGUUUUGUCAGCUCCUUUGUGCACUUCCCUGUUCUAUGGCGCUGCCUUUUUCUCACCCAUCGCUCGUAGUGAUAUUUGGUUUUGGUGCAACACUGACACACUUUAUGAUAGUCUCCCUUUUAAUAGCUCUGGUACUUGCGCUUUGGUGACCCUUUUGCUUCCCGUUUUAUUAAUGCCCGCAUCUACUCAUGAGCUAGACGUUUUUAUUGAUUCUUUUGUGCCCCGACCCUGGUCGAGGGCUAAGCGGAGUGCCGAGUGGCAAGGCGCGGCGGAUCCGACCUAUAUAGAUGCCAUUGGAGUUCCCAGAGGAGUGCCGGAUGAGUAUAAGCUGGUGAACCAGAUAGCAGCUGGUUUCGAAUCCUCCAUUUGUUGGUGGUGCACCCUUAACAAAAAUGUUGACAGGAUCAAUUACAUCCACUACAACGUGCAGAGGCUUGGAAAUUGGACCGAGGCGGGCUUCAGAGCGGUCCACUCCCAGCUGGCCGCGACUUCCCUCAUGGCUUUCCAGAACCGGAUGGCCCUUGACAUGCUACUCGCUAAGGAGGGCGGUGUCUGCGCCAUGUUCGGUGAGCAAUGCUGCACUUUUAUCCCAAAUAACACUGCAGCCGGCGGAAGCCUGUCCCUGGCCCUUGAGGGUUUGAGGACCUUGAAUGGGAAGAUGAAGGACCACAGUGGUGUGAACACGGAGGUUUGGAACAGCUGGCUGAAUGUGUUCGGCAAGUACCGCACCCUGGUUUCCUCGGUCCUUGUCUCCCUUGCCGUUUUUUCUGCUGUUUUGACCUUGUGUGGAUGUUGUUGCAUUCCGUGUCUCCGGUCCCUAAUUAAUAAAUUGAUUACAACUGCUAUCUCUCCGCCGGCUGACGCUUUUCCGUUGCUCCCUGAGGACGACUUUGAGCUCCCACGGCCCCCGAGUUGUCAUCUUCGCAUUGACUCCAUUGAUGAGGCCCCCGCUGUGGACCUGUCCGACCUUUUUCCUGAGUCCGACGUUGUCUGAUUGGCUUCGGUCGCCUCCCGGGUGUAAAUUUGUUCUUAUGACGUAUGAUCCUGCGGCUGAAAAUCUUUUGAAGUAGCCUUUGGGUGAUUUGAGGGUCUCUGAGAACUUAUGAUAAACAGGGGGGAAUUGUUGGAAAAUUGUAUAUAUAUGUUAUCAUGCGUUCUCUUUUAGUUUCUAUAUUACUAUAUUACAGUAAAUGAUGUCUCGUUAGAUCUACCGUUAGAUUAGAUCUGCGUACGUGCGUACGUUGUUCUGCUUUGCUGUUCUUAUGUCCACCACAGAAUACCACAUCAGCCAAGGUGUGAGGUCUUGUCUCGGUCAGCGAGAGACAGCAGCAACGACAUUGUGUCAGCCUUCCUCAAGUGGCUGACUCGGCACCUCACACCCUCAAGAAAUGGAGCGCUGGGAGCGCCCCUGGUCCUUGCUGAUAAGACUGCUUGAACCCAUUGAACUUGAUGAACUCUGUUUGCUUCUUCCUAUGUCGCCACAUUAGCAUAACGUUUGCAGUAAUCUACACACACCAGAAGUUUCCUGCGCUUACCAAAAGCAGAAACCGUUUGCGCUUCCCCCUACCCUUAUUUGGUUUCUGCUACACAUGUGAUGAGGAAAAUUCCCCAAAUAAAGAGAGCAAGGAUGCAGACAGACUUUAGUGUAGGUUGGGCAUUGUAAGCUGUCUGUACUGCACUCCUUGCGCAAGCUACGACUCAA